AGGGAAUCCAUCACACUGAGGAAACGCAUUCUCCUGCUACCUAGGCCUUCACUCCUGACACCAUGUGCUACAACAGCUUCUCCGGUGCCGUCUUCCCAGGGUCCUACUGGGGCAGUUGGGGCUACCCUCUGGGGUACAGCGUUGGCUGUGGCUACGGCAGCACCUACUCCCCCGUGGGCUAUGGCUUCGGCUAUGGCUACAAUGGCUGUGGGGCUUUCGGCUACAGGAGAUCCUGGCCAUUUGCUCUCUACUGAUUUGCUGUAAUACCCGAGGCAUAGAAUCUUCUCUCCCCUGAAGGCUGACAGGCACAUCUCCAGGUCCCUCCUUUAUCUACUUCUUUAGUCCUCACUUGCUCAUCAACCUCCCAGUCGCUGCUUUCCAGACCUAGCACCAGAGUUCCAAGAGAAGAAAAUGAAAAACCAGAUCACCCCACCAGCUGCCUUCCCUGGAUGAUGUUUGUUGGGACAUUUUCAGAAACUUGCCACCCAAACAUGUAUUUCUUUUGAAUUUUUCACCAGGCUCACGACUCUUGUCGUGCUAAAGUUGUGGAUGUGUCUGUCAAACUCUAAAUAAACUCGUCUCAACCAGCAUAA